AUGGCCGAAAGGGGAUUUAAAAACAUGACUCAAUUAGAGAAUUAUUACUUUAGCCGUCUUCAAGCAAUUGUUAAAGAAGUUUUUGGGACACAAGUUGGUGGACGGAAAAUGAUUUUUUGGCAAGAAGUUUUUGAUAAUAAUAAACCUGAUGUUAGUGCUAUUGUUCACAAUUGGUAUUCACAAAAUGAUCAGGCACGUGCUCGAGAUAUUAAAAGAGCUGUUCAACAAGGCUUUCAAGUAAUUGUUUCUUCUUGUUGGUAUUUAAAUUUAAUAAAUUAUGGCGCUGAUUGGCGUGCUCUUUCACCUAAAGGAUUGGGAAGAUAUUAUUAUUGUGAUCCUCGCAAUUUUCCCGGUACUUAUGAACAAAAACAGCUAGUUAUUGGAGGGAUAGCUACAAUGUGGGGUGAAUAUAUUGAUGGAACUAAUUUGGAAUCAACAUUGUGGCCUAGAGCUUCGGCUGUGGCUGAAAGGCUUUGGAGUCCACCAGAAAAAACAAAAAGUGCCGAUGAAGCAUGGCCUCGAUUACAAGAACAUCGCUGCAGAAUGAUUUCACGAGGUUAUAGAGCUGAGCCAGUAAAUGGACCUGACUAUUGUGGUGCGGAAUUUAAAGAAAGUCCAGAAAUGUUUUGA